AUGGCUCCCUUUUUUGAUGCAAUUCGUUCCCUUAAUCCUAGCAGGCAGAAUUGGCGGAUUAGAGUUUGUGUAGUUCGUCUGUGGACCAUGCCUGGCCGCUAUUCCCAUGAAGAACUCUCCUCUAUUGAGAUGCUCCUUCGAGAUGAGGAUGGUGAUAACAUACAUGCUCAGGUUAAGAGUCCCUUCAUUACUCAUCAUCUGAAUAACUUCACAGAAGGGAAGCUUUGUGUUAUUUCCUACUUCAUGGUUACACCGAAUUAUGGGUCGUAUAGGACAACUGAUCACCCAUAUCGAAUGACUUUAUGUAUUCCAGGGCAGUCCGUCCCCUUCCGGAAGAUGACCGUAUUCAUCAGUUUGGAUUUGCCUUCCGUUCAUGUCAUCGGGAUGUUGUCUGCUAUUGGAGAGAAGGAGGAGUGCAAUAUCAAUGGCCAAACUCAGCACAGAGUUAAUGUGGAACUGAUGGAUGAUGGAAUGGAGAAGCUUGAGUGCACACUCUGGGGGGAUUUUGCAGAUGAGAUUCUCCAAUUCAUGGCAGGGGAUAUAUCCAGUCCUGUUGUUGUCAUUAUCCAACUAUCCAAGAGGAGAAUCUCAAACUCUAUGUAUUCUUCAAGAAUCUUCAUCCAUCCCUCCAUUCCUAAAGUGGAACAUUUCAUGUCAAAAUUGAAGGCAAAAGGUGUCGAUGUGGGCCAAGUUCCGGCUAGGAUUGCUCCCCAAUCAACAAUGAGUGUUGCUGAUGAGUUACUGUCUGUUGAAUUAAGGCGAAAGAUAUCUGAUCUUCGUUCUUUAACUGGGGAUGGUGUGUGUGUUGUUCUAGCGGAUAUAGUAGACUUUCGUACUGAGAAGGGUUGGAUGUAUGUCUCUUGUAAGCAUUGCGGAAAAAAAGUGGUGCCCGAUGGGGAGGGGUUUUUUUGUGAGAAGUGUGCUUCCAUUAUUAAGGUGGUUGUACCAAGGUAUAUGGUUACUUGUGAGGUUAUGGAUGAGAGUGGAUCCUGCAGCGUUGUCAUAUUUGACAGAGAGUUUUCUAGGAUGGUUGGUUGUUCUACAACAGAGAUGAGGAACCGCAUUCUCAAACAGUUUGGUGAUGAAGGGGUUGGUGAUGGAGAUGGAAUCACAGCAAGCAUCUUAGAGCCCCUCACUUGGAAGAGAUACUUAUUUAAACUGCGUGUUCCUGAGGAUUAUGUAAAGACGUAUUCAAACACAUGUAUCGCUGUGCGCUUGACCAGUGAUAAGAUAUAA